ACUCGUGACGAAGUACCUGCUGGCGGGGUUCCUGGCCAUGGCGGUGACGAUGAUACUGUACGAGAUGUCGACGUCGCGAGUCGAGAGGAUGAGCUGCAUCCCCUUCGAAAAUGGCAGGCCGAUGGAGGGCCUCAGAAUGCCUGUACCCAAUCAGGAAGAAUUUGUUCCGGCCAUAAGACCGAUGCACAAUGCUGACAUCCCCACGAUCUACGUGAUCACGCCAACCUACAAACGGCCAGUGCAGAUUCCCGAGCUGACGCGGCUGGGGCAGACCCUGAUGCACGUCCCUCGCCUCCACUGGAUCGUCGCCGAAGACUCGAACAACACGAACCCGCACGUCGUGGAGCUGCUGGAACACCUAGGCAUGCCCUACACCUAUCUUACCACACCGAUGCCGCACAAGUACCGCAUCAAGUCGGGAUCCAAACCGAAGGGCGUCGCCAACAGGAACGGGGGCCUGGAAUGGGUGCGGAAGCAUGCCACCAGCGGGGUCAUCUAUUUCGCGGACGACGACAACACCUAUGAUAUUAGAGUGUUUGACGAGAUGCGGUACACAAAGCGCGUGUCCAUGUUCCCUGUGGGCCUCGUGACCAACAAAGGCCUUUCGACGCCAGUUGUGAAGAAUGGGAAAUUCGUCUCCUUCUACGACGGGUGGAUCAGCAACCGGAAGUUCCCCGUGGAUAUGGCCGGCUUUGCCAUCAACGUGAAUUUCUUGCAAAAGAGACCGAAAGCGAGUAUGCCGUAUGUGCCUGGCUACGAGGAGGACGGCAUACUGAAGAGCCUCAACAUCACCAUGAAUGAAGUCGAGUUUGUUGCGGACAAUUGUACCAAGGUGUAUGCGUGGCACACGAGGACAGGGCCCGUCGCUCCCGCCUCGAGAACCAUUUUGAAUCCUAAAUACGAUGACACAAAUCUUCGGAUGAUACGAGAAAAGAUGCAUCUGAAGAAAAAGUAGUAGUAAUCUAAUUGUAGUUAAAUAUGGAACCCGAUAAUGUAUAAAAAAGUGUAAUUGUUU